ACUUAGAGGGAAGUGGAGAGAGGGGGUAGGAAGGCGAGAAAGCAAGACACAGGGCAGGGAGACACACAGACACACACACACAGAGGCCCACAGGGACGGGGAGACCGACCGAGGCAGCGAGAGGAGUAGAGGCAGAGGGGAAACUCCCUGAGUCAGGGGUGCAGAAAGAAGACAGCCAAAGAGAGGGAAAGCGAAGUAAGCCGCAAGCUCGAGGCCAGAGAUACAAGAAAGACAGACUGGAAAAGCGGCGAGAGUGAGGAGAGGAGCCAGCCCGCGCGUGCCAGCUGGCGGCAUGGAGGGGCGCCCGGCCUGGGCCAUGUAGUGGCAGCAGGUUGCCGAGCUGGGUGGGCAGAGAGAAGCGGGUACCUCUGCAGGGGUGAGGGGGCAUGGGAGGGGCAGGCAUUUUGCUGCUGCUGCUGCUGCUGGUAGGGGCCGGGGCGGGGGCAGCCUGGAGACCCCCAAAGGGGAAGUGUCCUCUGAGCUGCUCCUGCUCCAAAGACAGCGCCCUGUGCGAGGGCUCCCCGGACCUGCCCGAGAGCUUCUCCCCGACCCUGCUGUCACUCUCCCUGGUCAGGACCGGGGUCACCCAGCUGAAGUCCGGCAGCUUCCUGAGGAUGCCAUCUCUGCACCUGCUCCUCUUCACAUCCAACUCCUUCUCCGUGGUUGAGGAUGAUGCCUUUGCCGGCCUGUCCCACCUGCAGUACCUCUUCAUCGAGGACAAUAAGAUUGGCUCCAUCUCCAAGAACGCCCUCAGAGGACUUCGCUCACUCACACACCUGAGCCUGGCCAACAACCAGCUGGAGUCCCUCCCCAGAUUCCUGUUCCGAGGUCUGGAGACCCUGACUCAUGUGGACCUCCGCGGGAACCCGUUCCAGUGUGACUGCCGAGUCCUCUGGCUGCUACAGUGGAUGCCCACCGUGAACGCCAGCGUGGGGACCGGGGCCUGCGCGGGGCCCCCGGCGCUGACCCACAUGCAGCUCCGCCACCUGGACCCCAGGACAUUCAAGUGCAGAGCUAUAGAGCUGUCCUGGUUCCAGACCAUCGGGGAGUCGGCGCUGGGAGUGGAGCCUUUCUCCUACCAGGGGGAGCCCCACAUGGUCCUGGCACAGCCCUUUGCUGGCCGCUGCCUGAUCCUCACCUGGGACUACAGCCUGCAGCGCUUCCGGCCUGAGGAAGAGCUGUCCGCGCCCUCCGUGGUGUCCUGCAAGCCGCUGGUGCUGGGCCUGCGCCUCUUCGUGCUGGUCGCCCGCCUCUGGGGAGGUACGCAGCUGUGGGCCCGGCCCCGCCCCGGCCUGCGCCUGGCCCCCAUGCAGGCCCUGGCCCCCCGGCAGCUGCUGCGGCCCAAUGACGCCGAGGUCCUAUGGCUCGAGAAGCAGCCCUGCUUCGUCGUGGCGGACGCCUCCAAGGCGGGCAGCACCACCCUGCUGUGUCUCGAGGGGCCUGGCUUUUACCCGCGACAGAGCCUGCACGCCUGGCACCGCGACACGGACGCCGAGGCCCUGGAGCUGGACGGCCGGCCCCACCUGCUGCUGGCCUCCGCCUCCCAGCGGCCGGUGCUCUUCCACUGGUCCGGGGGCCGUUUCGAGAGACGCACGGACAUCCCUGAAGCCGAGGACGUCUACGCCACACGCCACUUCCAGUCUGGUGGGGACGUGUUCCUGUGCCUCACACGCUACAUCGGGGACUCCAUGGUCAUGCGCUGGGACGGCUCCAUGUUCCGCCUGCUGCAGCAGCUCCCCUCCCGCGGGGCCCACGUCUUCCAGCCACUGCUCAUUGCCAGGGACCAGCUGGCUAUUCUGGGCAGCGACUUCGCCUUCAGCCGGGUCUUUCGCCUUGAGCCCGACAAGGGGCUCCUGGAGCCGCUGCAGGAGCUGGGGCCCCCCGCCUUGGUGGCCCCCCGAGCCUUUGCCCACGUCACCACGGCUGGCAGACGCUUCCUCUUCGCUGCUUGUUUCAAGGGGCCCACACAGAUCUACCAGCAUCAUGAGUUAGACCUCAGUGCCUGAGGCAGAGGGAACUGGAGGUGGCUGGUGGGAAGCAGGCUCGGAGGGUCCUAGGCCUCUGCACGCCCCUUUUACUGGCCCUUUUGAGGGAGACAGCUGGUCCUCUGAGUCACUGAUUGCAGACCAGGUGUAAGGCAAGAGCUAGCUGCCCUUCCAGUCUAAAGUAACACCUUGGCAGGUUCCCCCACCAAGGGUGACCUGGGGCUCAGCCUGGGACACUGCACAGAGCCCGAAUGCAGAAGCUAGGGUGGGGGUACUGUGCAGAACCCUAUGAGAUCUGGCAGCGUGCCCCACGUCCCAGCUCCUGCUCCAGGGGAAAGCACUGAGGAGGACUUGGCUUCCUUUCGCCCCUGCGCUCAGCCCGGCCAAUCGCGUUCAGGGCCCGCCUCCGUGACGUCACUGGUUGCUGGGCAGUUUCUCAGCUGGGCUUGGGACCUUCCUCUGCUGCUUAUGGGCCUGCCAGCUGCCCAGGCCCAGCCCUGAGGGUCGUCCUCUUGCACAAGCGCAGGAAGUAGGUGGGGUACCCGGAUCCCUGGUUCCCCUCCUCGAGGGUGACUGGGGAGAAGACAAGAAAGUGUGUGAGCUCAAUAAACGCGCCGUU